AUGGUGAGUGUUGCCAUGUACCCCUCCUCUUUGACCCUGGAUGACUUCACCCAACCAUCACCACCCCCCUCUCCACCAGGGGAGGCAAGGGAGGAGAGCCUACCCUGGCACCAACGAUGCCGCCCCACAGAUGCCACCAAAGGGCUGCUUGUGGCACUGCUGGGUGGAGGCCUUCCUGCAGGCUUUGUGGGGCCUUUCUCUCGAAUGGCCUAUCAAGCCUCUCAUCUACCCUCCCUUGAGCUUCUCCUUUGCCGAUGCCUUUUCCACCUUCCCAUCGCCUUGCUCCUCAAACUACGAGGCUGUCCACUACUGGGGCCUACAGGUAACCGACACAGAGCCUGGCUCCAUGCUCUCCUCAACGUUCUCAGCAUUGGCUGCGCCUACAGCGCUGUCCUGGUUGUACCUGCUGGCAAUGCAGCCACUGUCCGAAAAGGCUCCUCUACCGUCUGUUCUACACUCCUUGCUCUGUGUAUGGAGAGCCAGCGACUUAGUAGCUAUGACUGGUGUGGCCUGGUUGGCAGCAUCCUGGGCUUACUUAUCAUUGUGGGCCCAGGGUUGGGCACUCUACAGGAGGGAUCAGAAGGGGUCUACACAGCCCUAGGCUACGUGUUGGCUGUCUUGGGUGGCCUGGCCCUUGCCCUGGGGCUUUUGAUUUACAGAUCCCUGGAUUUCCCUUCCAGCCUACUGACUGUGGCAUUCCUCUUUGGAGUAGUAGGGGUGAUGGGGGCCUUGCCAGGGCUCUUCCUGUUGCAGACACCCGUGAUACCCCAUGACCCACUGAGUUGGAGCUGUGUCUGGGCCGUUGGGGUCCUGGCCCUCGUUUCAUUUGCAUGUGCCAGCUAUGCUGUCACCAUGGCCCACCCAGCACUGGUGUGUGCUGUGCUACAUUCUGAGGUGGUGGUGGCACUGAUGCUACAGUACUAUGUACUCCGAGAGACUGUGACACCAUCUGACAUCAUGGGGGCAGGAGUUGUGUUGGGUAGCAUUGCCAUCAUCACUGCUCAGAAUCUCAGUUGUGAUCGGGAAAGAGAGAGUCUUAAGGAAUGA